CCCUUAAAUAUGAAUAUCAUAUGGCAUGUCUUUACCUCCUAUGGUGUUCAGGGGAUAUUGAAGUUCAUCCAGGACCUUGUAUGAAAAAGAAAUCAUUGGUUCAUGAUUCCUCUAUAGAGAGAAGAUGGAUUCAAAAUAUAAGUCUUAAGAUUAUCAUUAGAUUGCCAGAACUAUUACAGUCUAAAUACACAGCAUCAAAAAAAGUAAGAAAUGACAGAGAGAACAAGGAGCAUUUCAAAACUUUGUUGAAAACAUGCUUGGAAGUAAACGUACAUGUACCAAAGAUGUACCAAUCUGAAAUAAAUGCUUGGGAAACCAUGGAAUAUAAACUUUUACAUAAACUAUUUGUUUAUCGAUGUGAAAUUGAGACAAUUAUGACAUCACUCAAAGAUUUUCUUACAUUUGGAGGAGGCACUGAAGAUCUCACUGAUAUCAAUGUUCGUUUUGAUACUGAACUUAAGACAAAUGAAAUUGCAAUGGACCUUGGGAAAUAUCAGAGGCCUAAAGACAAAUCACAACUGAUGGUCUACAUCACACGUCAUAUAGCUGGUAUUUCAAUCAAAUGUGCACAUGGAAAGGACCCUGAUGUCAAGUGUGAUGGACUAUGGGACCUGCCUUUGGAAAACUGGCCAAAAGAUAUUAUACUUUUUGAUCCAAACAAUAGAGGUACUUAUACAAUUCCUGGGCAAAAACUCAUUCCUGAUCAGGAACUGGUUGAUAUUCUACUAACAAUCCCACAGAUUACUAUUCCUCAGAAAUACAAAGAUAUAGUAGACGCCUUUAAAGCCAUGAGAAAAAGCAAAACCAAGCAGAAGAAAGCAGAACUUUGCAGUAUUUUUAAAAGGACAACAAGCUUAGAAAAACUUGAUUACGCACUGAAGAACCUCAGUGACAAUGGAAUAUUAACAGAAGAAGUACAUGACAUUCUUACAAAAUGGUGGACAACUGGAGCUGUUGAAACUGAAUAUGACAAAACACAGUCACUAGAAAAUAUGGAUGAUGAUAAUAAAAAAAGACGACCACAUAUUUCAAUAAAUAUAGGCACAGAAUUUAUUACACUUGCUAUUGAACCAACCAGUAAAUUUAGUUCAAAGGUGAGUUAUAACUUUCCAUUCAAUGAUGAACUUGUUCCACUAAAGAUGAUGGCUACUUCUGCAAGUCAAACUACAGUACAAAAUCCUUCAAAUGACUUUCACCAUAAGAUCACUGCAAAGAAAAACCUUACUCUGUCACCACUAUCUGAUGCAAAUCCUGCAGACAAUCAAACUGAUUCAAUCACCAUUCCACAAGAGACGAUGGAUAUUUUAAAUUCAAUUAUUAAUUUUGAUUCCAGCAGUCAAGCAAUAUUUGAAAGUGACAUCAAACUUCAAUGCAAAACAUCAACUCAAGAUCCUGCUUCUAGCUCAUUGACUCAUGUGAACCAAACAAUCUCUUCAACAUUCCAAUUCAGUCAAUCAAUCCAAAAUAUUGCAAUUUCUGCGCAACCAGUCCCCAUAUUAUGUACUCCUCAUCAAUCAACUACCAAUCCAGAUGACCUAGGACAUUUGCAUUCAAGUGACACCAAUGUCUCUCAAAAUCUUAAUUUGUACAAGCAAGUUUCCCCAACAAGUGAUAUGGGCUCAUCUGAUUCAAUAUCUUCAGUCAAUUCAGAGGCUGGAAAUGAAGAAAGGGACCAAAACUACACUUUAAAUGAGGGUCAAGAUCAAUUAACUGAUUCAGAUUACAGUUCAGAUAGUAGCAACAACUAUGUUUCAAAAAAAAGCUCGAAGAAAAGAAAAUGCAUAAAAGAACACAGAAAUGAGACGAAAAAAAGAAAACAACCAUCACUGAAGCAAGACAAGAAGCUAACAGAGACCAACAACAGUAAGAUAGCACCUCCAAUGGAUAAGUCAACUAUAUCCAAUAAAAACAUGGAACUUUUGUUGGACCAUUUCGACAUUGACUUAGAUUCAUUUAAUAUUGAUGAACAAACUUUUGAUGUGAAACUGAAUACUAUUGAUAAUGAAGAUAAAAACCUGCAAAUAUGUGACAAAGAUGGAAAUCUAAUGAAUGGUGAAACGCAAAUGUCUAACGAAAAUACAAAACUCAGUGCUUACAAUAUCAAUGUUAGUACUGAACUUGAAAAGUUUUUACAAGACAUGAUUAACUGUGAAGGUGGAAAAAUGUCACAUAUGAAAUCAUAUGUUUAAGAUGUGUAAACAUUCCUUUUUGCUUCAUAUUGUAUAAUUUUCUUUUAGUUUAUUUCUAAAUUGUGUACUAUUUUUUUUUUUUUUUUCAAUCAUGUUUAUAUAACACUCAAUAACUUUGUUUCACUUUUUAUAAGGCUUUUUGUGUCCUGAAAUUAUAGAAUACUAUGAAACUUGUCAA